AUGGCCGGUGAGCUGCUCGAGCGGAGUACCUCCGUAGCAACUGCUGCUGGCGACGAAGACAAGGAGCUCGCUGAACAGCAGAAUCUGGUGCAUGUCCUGCCACACGACGUGAUAGCCGAUGUCUUGAGCCGCCUCGCGCCGCGCUGGCUCGCCGCGUCCCGCUGCGUCUGCAGGGACUGGCGUGCCGCCAUCGACGCCCGCCGACUCCUUCGUGCGGACCUGCUCCCGCUCUCGACUCGCGGCAUAUUCGUCCACUUCUCCUACCACAGGUUCCCGGAAUUGUUGGCCUCCUUUCCCUCCUCCAGGGGCGCCAGUGCAAUCACCGGCACUCUCGAAUUUCUUCCCAACACCGACACCUCCAUCAAGAUCGCUGACCCCUUCAUCACGGACUAUGACAUUCAGGAUCACUGCAAUGGCCUCCUCUUGAUCGACAAUUAUGUGGUUAACCCUGCUACCCGGCGCUGGGAUUCUUUGCCCCCAUGCCCGCCGUCUCAUGAUCAUCCUGUUGUCAUGCAUACGCAUGAUGAUGACUACGAUGAAACAGCUUUCAAUGAGUACCUAGCUUUUGAUCCUACUGUGUCACCACACUACAAGGUGUUGGUGGUCCCUCAUAGGUGCUUCAUUCUGGAUCGAGAUGAUAUUGAUCCCAUGGUAGAGAAAUCUAAAUUUUUAACAUCGCCGUCGAGAUGCACCUUGCGUGUCUUCUCUUCAAGGUACGGUAGUUGGAAGUGGAGAUCCUUUGUUCGAGAAGGAAGCGUUGGCCAGCCCACCCACAAGCUCAAAUCGUUGGAUUUGCGAGAAUGUGCCGUCUACUGGCGAGGAGUACUUUAUGUGCAACGUGAUGCUAAUUUUGUAGUAAGGUGA